CUGGUAAAACCCUAGCCCCCACAUCCCUUGUGCUGCUGAGCCGUUAUAUAAAAUCUUCACUCGCAUCACCCAAGUUAAAUCUACGGUCUGGAGUAUCAUUCUGCGAAGGAUUAGUGAAACCUGAGAGAAAUGGCGAACCCAAAAGUCUUCUUUGACAUCUUGAUUGGAAAGAUGAAGGCAGGGCGUGUUGUAAUGGAGCUAUUUGCUGAUGUAACACCGAGAACAGCGGAUAAUUUCCGUGCUCUGUGCACCGGAGAGAAGGGAAUUGGGAAAGCAGGAAAGGCAUUACACUACAAAGGCUCAGCCUUUCACCGUAUUAUCCCAGGAUUCAUGUGCCAAGGUGGAGAUUUCACCCGUGGGAAUGGAACUGGAGGAGAAUCGAUUUAUGGUUCUAAAUUUGAUGAUGAGAACUUCAAGCUGAAGCAUACUGGUCCAGGGAUUUUGUCUAUGGCUAAUUCUGGCCCCAACACUAAUGGGUCUCAGUUCUUCAUUUGCACUGAGAAGACAUCGUGGCUCGAUGGGAAACACGUCGUUUUUGGGAAAGUUGUUGAUGGGUACAAUGUGGUGAAGGCUAUGGAAGAUGUUGGAUCUGACAGGGGAAAUACCUCUGAACCAGUUGUUAUUGAAGAUUGUGGUGAGCUCAAGAAUCAAAGUUAAUAAGUUUGUAAACACGCUGGGUUGAUCUUGACAGGUUCUAUCACAUGCUGUAUAGCUGAGAAACCAUCAGAUAUCGUCAAGGUCAAUAGAAUCUGUGAUGUUAGGUUUUGACAAUGUCAUAUGAACCUUAGGAAGUGAUUCUUCCUUCUGUGCUUUAAAAAAAAUAAAAUUAAUGUGUGGAAGUAGUAUGGAUGAUAAUAGUGGUAAAUUUCUCUAUGGAGACAUUUGGUGGUUUUGUUUUCAAGUUUUUCAAUUUAUGAUGAAUUGUUUCAUGUUUUGGUAUUA